GCAGUGAGUUUCCUGGUGUCUGGUUCAUAUGCAGAUCACGUGGUACAGAACUGGACCAAUAUAAUUGCGAGUCGUGUUGUACGGCCCAAAUAUUAAAAACACCAGUGUCAGUUUUGGUCAUUUUUAACGGUGCUGUCAGCGAGACCAGAAGCAUGGCCACGGCACAGUCAACACUGAUGUUCGCAGUGUGCAUUUUGAUGAUAACAGAACUCAUACUGGCCAGAAAGGACUACUAUGACAUCCUUGGUGUGCCAAAAGAUGCUUCCGAACGUCAGAUCAAAAAAGCUUUUCACAAGCUUGCCAUGAAAUAUCACCCCGACAAGAACAAGAGCCCCGAUGCGGAAACCAAGUUUCGAGAGAUUGCAGAAGCAUACGAAACACUAUCAGAUGAGAAAAGAAGGCGAGAGUAUGACCAAUCAGGAUACAACACAUUCAGCAAUGAAGACAUGAACGGAGGAGGAGGGCAGCGUUUUCAUCAUUCCUUUGAUUUUAACUUCGACGACAUGUUCAGAGACUUUGACAUCUAUAGCCAAAACAGGCAUGCUCGUCCAAAACGGCACUUUGACGAGCACUUCAGGGCCCACCAGCAAGCGCACAACCGCCAUAAGAGACACUUCCAGGGUACUUUUGGUACCGGAGUCUUUGAGGACAUGUUUGAAGACAUGGAGAAGAUGUUUACAUUUGACCGACACAUAAAAAGGACAGAGAGCAGGUUUCAGGGCACAGCCAAACAACACUGCAGAACUGUGACCCAGCGACGAGGAAACAUGGUCACCACGUACACAGAUUGCACCUCAUCCUCCUGAACAUCAGAGUGGACCAUCACAGUUCUAUUUUAUGCCUGAUUUAGAUGGAGUUAUUCAUUUGCUGCUGUGAUAAGUGGGGUUUGAUUUUACAUGUGACUGAUCUGUUAUUUAUGAUGAUAAUAGGUGCGUUUGGAGUUCUUAUUGGUUUGAUUGAGAUUUGUGAUUGACCCUAUGUUGGAUAGUGGCCUUUUGAAGGAGUAGUACACCCCAAAAUGAAAAUUUGCUGAAAAUGUGCUCACCCUCAGUCCACCUAAGUUUGUUUCUUCAUCGGAACAGAUUUGGAGAAAUGUAGCAUUACAUCACUGGCUCACCAAUGGAUCCUCUGCAGUGAAUGGGUGCCGUCAGAAUGAGAGUCCAAACAGCUGAUAAAAACAUCACAGUAAUCCACAAUACUCCAGUCCAUCAAUUAAUGUCUUGUAAAGUGAAAAGCUACGUUUUUGUAAGAAACAAAUCCAUCAUUAAGGCGUUUCACCUUUAAACCACCGCUUCUGGCCAAAAUAUGAGUUAAUAACGCUUCAUCCAGUGAAAAAGCCCAUGCCCUGUUGUCCUCUCGCAUCAAAAUCCAACCUAAUUUUUGUUUAGAACUUUAUUGAACUGUUUUCUCUUGUAAACAGUGCUUGAUCUGUGCAUAUUUCUCUCCUGAUGCAGACAAGAUGUCUUUUUCACUGGAGAAAGCAAUAUUAUAAACAGAGGACUCAUAUUUUAGCUGGAAUUAAAAGUUAAAAACAUCUUAUUGAUGUAUUUGUUUCUUACAAACAUGCAGCUCUUCACUUCAUAAGACAUUAAUUGUUGGACUGGAGUUGUGUUGUGAGUUAUUGUGAUGUAUUUAUCAGCCUUUCAACUUUCAUUCUGACGGCACCCAUUCGUUGCAGAAAUAUGUAUUUUCAGCAUAUUUUCAUUUUUGAGUGAACCAUUCCUUUAAUAGACUGAGAGUUUAUUUUUAGGCAUUUGAUGAGUUUUCUUUCAUCCCUGCAGCACUAAAUUAAAAACAAAAAUUGUUAUUGAUUUGUUAAUGACAAACUACAUUUGAUGACCCUCUAAUAUUAGUGUGCAUUUAUGUUUAAAUUGCACUUUCUUGAUCAUACGAAGCAAGUCGUUAUACGCACAAAAAAAGUUUUCAUUGUUAGCUACCAAAAUCCCCUACUAUACUGAAAGAACAAAGGUGCUGAAAUCCUGAAUCAUAAUUUGAUGAAAGCAUCAGACAGAUCAUUUAGCUCCGUUAUCUUCUCUUCUUAUCCAAGGUUGUAUAUUUUGUGUUGGUGCUGAACGCUCAUGAUAUGAAUCUUUGGGAUUCACAUCUUCAUGAACUGGUCUCUUAUUUUUAUGUGAGGCUAAACAAAUGUUUGCUGCAUUGCUGUGAAUAAUUUAGUUUAUUAUAUUGAAGUAGUUUCUUUCAAACUCUCACUUGUUAGAUGGAGAGGUGCCUUUCCCACUCAUUGUGGUAGACUGAGUUUAAUGUAAUCAGAUUGGAGCACUUUUAUGACCCCGUGUGUAUUAUAGUUUGCAUGGCUGAGAGAAAGUAGGUCUCAAUUUUUGUCAUGGACAUCGGUCACCCGGUUGGGUUUGUAAACGGCUUUUGUUUUAGGAAAGUACAACAAGUCUGACAUUGUUCUCUGAGCCAAAGUGCAUUUUGGCUGAACAUUUUGUAUGUUUGUAACAAAACAUAAGAGUUGAGAUUGUUUUUAUAUGGCAGUGUUACCCCUAAAAUAAAAAAGGCAAGGGGAAUGUACCAACUUAGCAUUUGCCUAACAAUUUUUUCUUUUGUAAAUAUGAUGUAUAACCCAGCUGUGUUCCUGUAUGACUUCACCUGUGACCUGUUUUGUUGAAUCAUCCUGUGUGCAAUAUUUAAAGGCAGCUCUCAAGUUGUUUUAACUGUUUCCCGCUGACAUAGUUGUUAUGAAAUGAGUCUCGGUAGACUCAUCUGGCACUUUCUUUAUUGUAAUCCUAUGGAUGAAAAAUAAAUCUGAAAUAGGCAAUUUGAACCCAGAUGUAUGUAUACUUGGGUUAACAAUAAAUAGUGUUGAAAACUG